AUGGAUUUUUCCGAAGGCAGUGAACGUAGCGGAGUACGGCGGCCGGACGCGCCUCGGCCAGUGUCCAGGCGAGGGUUUAGGGAGUAUACUAAUAGCGGAUCUGUUUUAUCGGGUCGGAGUGGUACAAUGCGUCCUACAUCAGCGUACCGCGGCGGCACCGCUCGGCUCUCAACGGCGGGCUUCGGGCCGGCGCCGCCCACCGCCAGCCGCCAGCCCACCGCCUUGACUGGCAUCUCUAUGAUCGAUAGACCAAUAACCCAACAAGGCAUAUCCGGUUUGCGCACGGGCACCGCCAGAGGGUUCCGAACUCGUCAACUACAAGAUAAGCGAUACUGGGAGGAGCUAAUGCACGUGAAGGUGCGAGAGAUGAAAGCGGAGAUAGCGAGACUGUCCGAGCAGGCGGACGCGGGGGAACGGGAGAGGUCGGCUAAGAAGCAUUAUGAGAAGAGGGUGCGCGAAUUGGCUAAGGAACUGACCGAUCUGCAAGGACGAUUAGCCGAUUACAAUACAGCAAUAAGAAUUGCAAAUGGGGAAACAACUAAACAAUCGGUUCAAGAGCAGACAAAGGAACUGGAGAGGAGCAACAGAAAAUUACAGGAGGAAGUUGAAUUGGUAUUUUUAGAGAAGCAGAGAAAAGAAAAUCAACUGAGACAACUCAGGGAACAAAUGGAUAAGGAACAAUCUGCACUGUCACAAAUUUUAACAGAAAUGACACAAGAGCAGAAAGAUCAAUAUAAUGAAUUAAACGCUGCAGCUUUUGCGUUGAGAGAGGAAGUAGAACAAGCAAGAUCUCAAAUAGAACAUUUGAGCAAAGAAAAGGACGAGUUUUAUAAAGACAUAUCUUCGUCUCAGUUGAAGAUGCAUCUCCUGGAAUUACAUAAACGGUUAGCUGCUGCUGAAGAAAAACGUGAUAAUUUGAAGAACGAGAUGAAUAUUCGCCUUGACCCACAAGAGGAACGCGAAAAGCUGUUAUUACAAGUACGCGAAGACAACGCUGCUAUAGCUUCCCUAGACAACAAUGCAGCCAGUUUGAAGCAGCAAAUAAAAAAAGUGCAAGAAUUGAUCGAACAAGCAGAACAAGACUUGGAAGAGGGAAAUUCUGAACGACACCAAAAGUACCGGGAACUAAAAAAGAGAGAAGAAACUAUGGAUGCCUUUCUAACAACUUACGAAGAAAACCUCAAGAAAGAGAAAGACAGAAUAGAACAAUUAGAGAAGGACAUAGUUUUUGCUUUAGAACACAGCAGCUCCAAUAUAGAUUUGGAUCUAAGCGAGAUAGAUAAUCUAAAAAAGAGAGAGGGAUACACUUCCACUUAUGAUGAUAGCAAGAAAACAAUUGAAAUGCUAACUAAGGAUUAUGAAAGGUUUCAAGCUAAUUUAAAAAAGGCUGAGGCGACACGUGAGCGCCUUGCUACAGAACUGCAAACGCUGCCCGAAAAAACGCAAGUGAUGAAGGAAGAGCUUGUAACAUUAUCGGAUUUAGAGAAACUGAGAGAUGAAGGUGAAGAGCAAAGAAAUGCUUUGGAAAGUGAGUUGAAACAGUUAAAAGAAAAACUAGCGCCAACAGAGAGCGCUGUUAUCGAAGCGUCUAACAAAUUAAAGAAAUUGCAAACAAGUCUCGAUGGAAACGAAAUGUACGCGAAACUCAACAAUUUGGAGGAUCAAUUAGCGCAACUAGAGAAUCGAAAAACUAUAUUGGAAGAAGAUAUUGCCUCUAUCACGCUGAAAGCUGAUUAUGAACCUUUGAAGAAGGAAGCCAUGGGCGAACUGGCUGUGUUAAAUAAAAAGAUUAUUUCAGAUUUGAACAUCAAAGCUUUUUAAGUCAUAC